UACAUUAGUCAAUCCUCUCUGUCACAAUCUAGCCUCGAAAUUCAACUUUCAACUGUUUUUCAAUAAUAGUAGCAGCCUAGUCAAGGUUUUGUGAAGACGAAUUACUGGGAAAUUAUCUCUGGAUUUCACAUUCCAGCUCGACGAAUAUUCGUGAUAAUCGAUAGAAAUACCAAAAUAGAUAAUGCAAGAAUGAAGAAAAAGAAAUUCUAGACUGCGCCAGGCAUAACUCGUAAGUAAGAGCAUCAUUUUUACGUAUCAGCAAAUAAAGAAAGGGCCAGCUGAAUGUUAUCCAAAAUGUUGUCACCUGAAAUGGCGAGAUCUUCCGCCGAUACUGCAAAAAGAACAGAAAAAAAUGAAAUUUUAGAAUCAAAGGAAAAUAAAGGCGAAUCAGAAAAAGGCAAGCAUGAUACAAAGAAAAAUAAAUCGUCGUCUAGGACUGCCAAUCCCAAUUGGCAGACCUACAAAGAUAUUGUCAAUACAUCUACGACACAAAAAUCACCUUCUAAACGGCAAUCAACAAACUCUGACUCAUCCUAUAGAGGCAAGAGGUCGGCUAAACGGAAAAAUACUUCACAAUCCAUCAAAUCUAUGGCAUCCAAUGUGGAAGCGAAAAUGAAUCUCAAUGACAUGACGCUGACAAAACACGUGGCAAUGGACUGCGAAAUGGUUGGCAUUGGGGACGGUACCGAGAGUAUGUUAGCUAGAGUAUCGAUUGUCAAUCGUCAUGGUGCUUGCAUUUACGACAAAUACGUCAAGCCUAGAGAAACCGUACAAGACUACCGAACUCCAGUGAGUGGAAUUCGACCCCAUCACCUCCAGAAUGGUGAAGAUUUUCAUGUAGUUCAGAAAGAAGUAGCGGAUAUUUUACAAGGAAAGAUUUUAGUUGGCCAUGCACUCAAAAAUGAUCUCGCAGUUCUUUUUCUGUCUCAUCCAAAAAGACAUCUCCGAGAUACAUCGAGGUACAACCUUUUUAGGAGCGUCUCUAAAGGCAAUACACCAAGUUUGAAAAAACUCGCAGGUGAGCUAUUAGGAAUCGACAUUCAGGGAGGUGAACAUAAUUCGGUGGAGGACGCCAGGACUGCAAUGCAACUUUAUGUCCUCUAUAAAGAUCAUUGGGAAUCUGAUAUCUACCGUAGAUGAUCUUUGAAGAAGUCAAUCAACAGUUAUCUAAU